AUAACAUCUUCAACCUCACAUCACGUGGGUUUCAACACCCGGAAACGGCAGCAGUCGCUGGUUAUUCUCGAGUUGUAGUCCGAGAUGAUGCAAGCUUUGAAAGGCGUCAGACACCUAACAUCCGGCAAAAUGAAGCAAGCAGUUUCAGAGCUCUCUGUACCAGUGCCAUGGGGAGAGAUCAAAGGGAAAGUCUGGGGUCCUGAUCAUGGUUGUCCUGUGCUGUGCCUGCACGGCUGGGCAGACAACUGUGGUUCAUUCAACACCCUCCUUCCUCUUCUACCUAAAGAGUGCCGAUACGUGGCGGUGGACUUGCCAGGUCAAGGCCGCUCAUCACAUCGCCCUCCUGGAGUUUUGUCCACCUUUCCUUCAUACUUGAUGGAUGUACGCAGAGUCAUUGACGCUCUGCAGUGGAGCAGAUUCUCCAUCAUAGGCCACAGCAUGGGUGGUAACCUUGCUGGCAUGUUCAGCGCUCUGUAUCCUGACAUGGUGGAUGCCCUCAUACUGCUGGACUCCUAUGGAUUUUUACCCACAGAUGUGAAAGAAAUCCCCAAAGCGAUAAGACAGGGCUUCGACGAGAUGCUUCAGUAUGAAAAAGAGAUGGAGGAGAAGAAGGGAAGAGUUUAUACUUAUGAGAAGGCAUUGGAGAGGCUGUUGGCUGUAAACCAGAGUCUGUCUGAACAGUCUGCAAAAAUCCUUCUAGAAAGAGGUGUAGUUGAAGUUGAAGGAGGGGUGGUGUUCUCCCGAGACUUCCGUAUUAAUCUGAAAAAUGUAGUUCGUGUUACUAUGGAGCAGACUCUGGAGUUCCAGUCGAGGAUAAAGGCCUCUGUUCUAGUUAUUUUGGCAGAAAGCGGCUUUGAGAAAAUAUUAUCCGAACCGGAGCAAAAGAAAUUGAUGUCAGCACUUCUGCAGGCCUAUAGGGACCUAAAUCACACGGUGGUGACAGUUCCAGGAGAUCAUCACAUCCACCUGAAUAAACCUGAAGUCGUCGCUCCGCUUGUGUCAGAUUUCCUGCGGACCAGAGUUCUCUCACCCUCCGGUCAUGUGCAGACUUCUAAGUUAUAGCAAACACACACAACCAUCAGCCAUAACAACAACAUUUUUGUUAUUAAAGGUUAAGAGUUCCUAUAUUUAUACUUGACUGGUUACUGUCACUUUGGACUGAAGAUUCAGUCAGACAGAUGUUUUGGCAUCAGCCAACUGCUGUAUACUACUAAUUGUGAUCUAAUGUAAUAGAGACUUGUAGUGUUGAUUGAAUGACAGUUGCAUCAUAAGCAGUCUAGGCCUCGUACCACACAAAGCCGCCUUUCUUUUAACCCCAGAUUAAACGUUUUGCCUUCAGAUCUAGUAAAGAUGUGUAAUUCACUACCAGCUCAGUUCAGCCUGUAUUUGACAUGUCGUCUCCUGUGUGUUUGACAGUGACUUGAUAUUCCCGUCAUACUGUUGCUCUGAAGCUUCUCAUUAUCAUAUACAAUUUGAAAGUAAGAAUGAAAACAUGUUUGUCUAAUAAUGGCAUUAUUAUGAACCUGUACUGAAAUGAUUUAUUCACAGCAGCAGUCUCAAGAGGCUGCGAUGUCCAGUAAGGGAAGCAAAGUCAAUGGACAUUUCAAAACUUUUCUAUUUUCUUUUAGUGGGGAGCAUGUGGGUAGAGGGUGGAGAAGAGGAAAGGCCACGUUGCCUAAAUAAAGAUGUUAACAUUUUUACAGUGGCCAGUUGAAGACUUGGUCUGCUCUUUAUUCUCAGCCUUAACUAUACUUUCAGCACAUUUUGAUAAAAUCAUCUGAAGUCAUGGCCUUACUUUUGUAUUUCAGUGAGUGGGAGACAGUAAGACCGGUUCUCAUGGAGUUUUUAUGGCCUUGCAUUGGCAACAUCUGUGGCCCGAGGCUUUCUUUUUUUUUUUCAGUUUUCUGGUUGUCUGUCUUUUCCGUUCUCAUGAAUGUCAUAUUUCUGGAGUGCCUCAAGGAAAUUUCUCUAAAUUUAGAGCAAAUGUUCACUUGAACUCAAAGAUGAACGGAUUAUAUUUUGAUAAUACAAUAACUUAAGGACUUACGUGCUAAUAAUGAGCAAAUUUCACACGGAUGUCAAAUAAGAUACAAUUGUGAAGUGAUGACAUUUUAAAAGGUCAAAGGUCAAUGUCACUUUGACAUCCUAAUGUUCUGCAAAAACACUUUACUGCCUGUUAUUUAGCACCAUAGCUCAGGAACACAAGGAGAGCUUGUGACCUAGUUCCACAUAUGACCGGAUACUGAAUGGAUGACACUUAACUUGAGUGCCUUGUUCUUGAAACUGUGUUCAUAUAGAUCUGCGCUGCUUGGUUCAAGGAGUGUUGUUUCAGUGUUUGUAGAUUCUUUGUCAUAACAUCCAUUUGUGAAAUAUUGUCUACUGUCAGGGCUACAGGUUUUUGUUCUAUCAGCUUUAUUGGACAAAUGUGAACACAUACAAGGGUUUUUCUUGUUAAACUUGUACAGUUUAAAGUCAUCACCGCUUAUAUCCAGACACACAUGGAUGUAAGUAGUCCUUGAUCUAAGUAAAAAACUUAAAAUCUGUGUAUUAUCAGCUUUAAUGGGAGAACCUUGAUCUCUCUUUGGCUGACGUCCAGUACUUCCUAAUCAAUUGACACCAGUCACAACACUAACUGGAAUCACGUCAAAGUCAAACAGGUCAUUUGCAACAUUUAGCAUUAAGCACAAAGCAGAGCUCUGCAUGAAGUAAUUUGUGUGAGUAUCUUUAGAUGAAGCAGUCACAGCAACAAUCUGUUAUAAAAACUAACAAACAUGUAAAGUUCUUAAAAUUGUGCCAAACUUUAAUCCACCAUGAGAACACAUACAACACCCAGCUCUGUCUGGUAUAUCACCUCACACCGUCUGCCUUUGAGGAAUGAUUGAAAUUCACUGUGGAGGCAGCCCUCUGCUGAAGUCUGUUAAUAUUUUAACAGUUGCACAGUUUCUCUGAAGUUUGCGUCCACAUGUUUAAUGUCAAAAGUUAGUGAGGGAAGAAAAGGUUUGUAGCACCGUGAGAAUAGAGGACGAAUCUGAAUUCAACAAGAAUCAUCUCUUGUUUAGAGGAUGUUUCCAGUAACAAACCAGUUGAAUCACACGCUUAAUUAAAGGCUUCUGGAAAACAAAAUCAGCUGAACAUCCAUAAAAACUAAACCUAAAACAAUAAGUACAUUUAGGAACAGUUAACUUUGAAAUGCAAAAGAUCUUUAUAUUUUUGAAAGUAUGUUUGAUGUUGCGCCACUUUAAUGACUUUUCUAAAAUUGGUUUAUUUUUCACUGAAUUGUAAAAUCCUAACAAAUACAUUUGCAUUUUGUGACUUUCAUCCAACAAAAAAGAUCAAGGACAGCUGUUGAAGGACUUUGAAUAAGUGUUGACAUGUAAUAUAACGUAAUAAUGUAUAACAAUGCAAAAACAGUGCUGUUAUCCUGCAGAGGUACUGUAGAUAAAUUAAAUGGAUUUCUGUAUAUUGCAGAGUAUGUUGAUUAUUUUAUGGUUACGAUCAGAUUUCCAGCAAGAUGUGAUUAAAGUUGACAGUUUAGUGCA